CUUAUUGAAAUUUUCAGUUUGAACACAACUACGCUAAAAAAAGCAACGAAUUAUUUUGUAUAAUUGAAAAAAUUAUAGACUGUGAAAAAGGAAAAUAGAAAUUUGUGUUAGACAUUUGUUGUGUUGGUGUUAAAAAGUGAAAUUUACAAAGCUGCUUGAACAUGACAGCCGAAGUGGAAAUCUAUAAUCAAAAGAAGGAAAUACAUUUACGUUCCCUAAAACAAUCAGGACAUGUGGGUUUUGAUAGUCUUCCGGAUCAGUUGGUGAAUAAAAGUGUACAAAAUGGUUUUGUGUUCAAUGUUAUGUGUAUUGGAGAAACGGGCCUGGGUAAAUCCACCUUAAUGGACACAUUGUUCAACACCAGCUUCGAGUCCACACCCAGUUCGCACACAUUGCCAAAUGUCAAAUUGAAGGCACACACAUAUGAGUUGCAGGAAAGUAAUGUACGCCUAAAGCUCACCAUCUGCGAUACAGUGGGCUAUGGCGAUCAAAUUAACAAAGAUGACUCAUUCAAAGCGGUAGUGGAUUACAUUGAUUCACAGUUUGAGGCUUAUCUGCAAGAGGAACUAAAAAUCAAACGUUCUCUGGUGGCUUGCCAUGAUUCACGUAUACAUGUGUGUUUGUAUUUCAUAUGCCCUACAGGUCAUGGCCUGAAAAGUUUGGAUUUGGUGUGCAUGAAGAAAUUGGAUAGUAAGGUUAAUAUUAUACCCAUCAUAGCCAAGGCUGAUACCAUUUCCAAGGCGGAAUUGCAAAGAUUUAAAUCCAAGAUUAUGCAGGAAUUGUCCAACAAUGGUGUGCAUAUUUAUCAGUUUCCUACCGAGGACGAAACUGUGGCUGAAACCAAUUCGGCCAUGAAUGACCAUGUUCCUUUUGCGGUAGUGGGUUCCACAGAAUUCAUUAAGGUGGGCAAUAAACUCAUAAGGGCCAGACAAUAUCCUUGGGGCACGGUGCAAGUGGAAAAUGAAACCCACUGUGACUUUGUUAAAUUGCGCGAAAUGUUGAUACGCACCAAUAUGGAAGAUAUGCGUGAGAAAACCCACACCAAACACUAUGAAUUGUAUCGCCAAAAAAGACUAGAAGAAAUGGGUUUCUCCGAUGUGGACUCUGACAACAAGCCCAUUUCAUUCCAACAAACUUUCGAGGCUAAACGCUCCAAUCAUCUUGCUGAAUUGCAGGCCAAAGAGGAAGAGGUACGUCAAAUGUUUGUGCAACGAGUCAAAGAGAAAGAAGCUGAACUUAAGGAAUCCGAAAAGGAAUUACAUGCCAAAUUUGAAAAGCUCAAGCGUGAUCAUGCCGAAGAGAAACGCAAAUUGGAGGAAUCACGCAAAAAGUUGGAGGAAGAAUUCAUGGAGUUCUCCAGACGCAAAUCACAAUUGGCGGCCUCCCACCACACCCUUACGUUGGGUAAAAGCAAAAAGAAGUAGACCACACUAUUUAAAAAGUAUAAUACAUAAAAGCACAAAAAACAACUACAACUUUUGAAAUAAAAAAAAAGAAAUUACUUUUUUUUUUAAAUAAUAUUUUAUAAAAUGCAAUUAUUUGCUUUAUACAUGCAAAACACGUAAAACGAAAUCGUUUCCCCCUCCUUAGCCCCCUCGUUUUAAAUAAAAACAUCAACGUCGUCGUCAUCUUUAUAACAUACAAACCAUUAUUGACCACCACCCCGCACCUUAGACACAACAAAACGAUUCGCAAACUCGUCGUACUCAUUUAAGUUUCUUAAAGAAAUUUCUAUUUCUUUAUUAUUUCUAAGUAAAGACACAGACAUUAAUGAAAAAUAGUAUUAUAGUGUUUAUAUUGUUUAAACAAACAUAAAUAUUUCCAAAUCGAAUUAAAAUUUAAUUUCUUUUUUUCAUAAUACUUAUUCAACGAAGAAAUCUAUUUUUCAUUCAUUUAAUUUUUUUAUGAUUUCUUUUCUUUUUGUUGUUUGAAAAUUUCUCAAGAAACUAAUUUUUUUAUAUUUUGUAAACUUUAUUUUAAUUUCAAGUUUUUUUAAAAUACAAUAACAUUCUAACGAAUUUUUUUUGAUACUUUAUUUUUUUUGGUAUAUAUAAGCAUUUGCUUUAAAGAAAAAGUUAUUUAUAUAUAAAAAAAAACAAACGUAUUAUUAUACUUCAAAAUAUUAUUAUGACUAAUAUUAUAAAAUAAAUAUGUAAUAAACAAAAAUAAAAAUAAUAAAUAUA